GGAUCAGAGAAAUGAACGUCUCAGUUUCACUUCAAUGGGAAUGUAUUUGUCACCUUUAGUGCAAACCUUCAAGGAUUAAAUGAGCAAUGAAUCAUAAAAGCAGCACAAAUAGUCACUUAAAGGGCUGUUGAGAAAAAAAAACACCCAGAAUCCAUUCAAAUGUUGCAUAGAGACACCUAUGACAAUCAUUUAAAGUGAUGAUUUAUGGACAAUAUAGUCAUGAAGCCACCUCCAUUGGUUCUACAUGGUAGAAGAGGAGGGGGCGUGUGUUUUAACAAUCCCUGCUCAGUUAACAACACCAACCUCACACACAAUGCCACAGAGGCUCCACGACAACACACGUCACACAAUAGGGUUCACCCUGCUAUAAAAUGUGGGAUGCGAGCAUGCAGCAGUCUUACCCCAUCCCUCCCUCCCUCAUACUCCCUCUCGCCUUUACUCUCUUCUUCCCUCUUGCCCAUCAGGAUCUCUCAGCGAGCAUGAGAAGACACAACUGAGAGGACAUUUACGCCGGACUCCUGGAUACUGAUGACCUGCGGAGGACAACUCUGCAACUGAGAUUUCUGCACAUUUCUACACACAUACAGCUCUACUCCGCACCAUGACCAGGAAGGUGUUCACCAACACGAGGGAGCGCUGGCGCCAGCACAACGUCAACACCGCCUUCGCAGAGCUCCGCAAGCUCAUCCCCACCCAUCCUCCGGAGAAGAAGCUGAGCAAAAAUGAGAUCCUGCGUCUGGCCAUGCGCUACAUCAACUUCCUGGUGCAGCUGCUGGAGAGCCAGAGCGGUCAGCCAGCCAGCCACUCCCCCACCGCUCUGCUCACCUUUCUCAGAGGAAACAUGGAGCAGCUGCACUCCCCUCCACAUCCCUGGGCCAUGACCAGUGACACUGAAGUCCCUUCACCUGGAUCCAGCUGCGACAGCUCCGAGGCCUGGUAGAAACCACAAAAAAAAGAAACCCUUGAGUGGACCUUCGGACACUUUCCUGGGUUUAAGAAACUGAUAUUGUCCUUCCUCAAGACUCAUUUUUGUCUCUGCAUUUCAUGCAGAAGAUGCAAUAUUGUGUGAUAUUUGUGGACUCCAACCGUGGCUAAAAAAUGUGCUCACAGCCUCCAUGCUGAUCGGUGUUCAAAUAUGCUUUGCGGGUUAAAAUUAAUUUGUAUUCUGCAUGGAUUUGUAAACCCUGGAUGUACAAUAUACCCUUCAUGUCUUCAUGUUAAUAUUCCUUGUUGCCGGUCCACCUGGAACUAAUUUAGUUUGCAAUGACAGGGUGUUUUGCAGUUGAGGAAAAUGGAGGGGAUUAAGGAAUUUCUCAUUUCAAGCAAUAGAUUCAGCAUUUGAAUAGAUAAAGGCUCAGCCAAUUCUCCAGCCUGCAAUCGUCUCAAAAUAGCCAAGGGCACUUUUUUUCUUUUUCUUUUUUAAAUCGACAUGCUGUUUUUUUCUUGAGAAGACUAAAUCAGACCUUAAUUUUUAUUUACAUAGGUUAUGUGACUUCAGAAGAAAUCGUUCUGUGAAAGACUUUUGCUGUUUCUCACCCUUUUACACAACAAUGUUCAGUAUUAGUUGAUUACAAAUUUGUGAUACUUAGGAUUGGGCUGAGGAAUUUCAGCGAAACUGUCAAUCCUCUUUCAUGCUUGACCACACAAUAUCUUCUCAUUUCAAUGUGUUUUCAUUUGAGUUUUUGUAAAAUACGCAUGUCAUAUAGCCAAAGAUUAUGAAUUGAUUGUCUACCGUGAAGAGUGUGCUACUUAUCUUCUGAUACCUCUUUUGUAAGUUAUUUUGGUGUGCUUGUGAAUAUACAGUAUGUUAUUUAUUUCAACUAUUUAUUUAUUUAAUGACUUGUUAAUAAAAAUACUUUCAUGGA